UUUUGAAAAAUAAUUUUCGUGUAUUUAAAAAAUAUUUUUAAAAUAAUUAUUUUCACUUUACUUAUUUUAAUAUUAAAAAAUAAAUUUAAUGGAAACAGAACAAUUUCACGAAGAAAUAAAUGAAAAUUUAAUAGAAGAAAAAACAGAAGAAAAUGAACAAAAAACAGAAGAAAAUUUAGAAGAAAAUGAAGGGGAAACAGAACAACAAGAACAACAAAUAAGUGUUAAAAUUUUGGUUUUGGGGCCUACAAAAAGUGGAAAAACAUCAAUUUCUAAUUAUUUGGCUGAUUCACAAGAUGCAGUGUCAAAGGAUUAUAGACCAACUCAAGGUGUUAGAAUUGUAGAAUUUGAGAGUAAUCAACUUGAAUUAGAUGGAGAAAGAGUUAAUGCUGAGGUAAGAAAAUUAAAUUUUAUAUUUUUUCACACAAAAUUCGCCAAAAAAUAUUCGAAAGUCAUAAUCUUCUCUCCCUAA